CCAUGCCCAAGUUCGCAAAGCGAGUCGAUGCAGCUUCCACUCUGAAUCAUCACAAGAGACGUCAUGGCUAUGAUAGGCUCACCUCAAUGGUUGUGGAAUGGGCCACACUAAGCACUUGGAUGGUGGGCAAAACUAAAGGCCCACAGCAACUGGCUAUUAUUGAAGGCGCCCGUCUCUUCUGGUUCGCCUGAUCCCAGCUCUCGGUGUCACUGAAAAAAUAUAAAGGGUAUGCGGCUCGGCGUGCUUGCACUAAAGCACGUUUCGGUCACAUGACCUGGAAUCCAGUCCACUUCGUCUUGAAGUUCCGUACCUAUCCUUCAAGAUGGGAUAUACGGACCGCACUGAAGACUUUCGGGGUGCCUUGGCGCUGCAAAGGAGUCUUACGCCUUCCAAGCGGCGGAAGGUGUCUACUGAGGACACUAAAUCUGUCUUUGGCGCAGAAUACCUCCGCGAGGCUUACACCAUUCUGAAUCAUAUUAAUACACUGGCCCGAAUGUUGGCUCUCAUCCGCAAGCCGUAUCUUAGCGUGGACUCACAUUCCUCCCCUUUGGGCUGGCGAGGUCCUCGGAAUCUUAACCUUGACGACCUGGAUGGAACGUGGUCAGAAAUUCGAUAUCUUACGAAUGAAGAACGGGAUCAGAUUGAUCUCCAAGCUCGCGUGAUAUUUUCACGCUGUGCGGAUAGAAUCAAAGCCAUGGAAGCGCUAGAAAAGCGGCGUGCUGAGUUGACGGCACGCGAAAUCAACCCAAUCACAAGGUUCCUACCAGCGAAAUUCCGGCAUGACGAUUCAACCAUAGCAUCCGAGUAUACCGCAGCCCACCAUUCCAGCAUUACGUGGUACCUCAAUCGUCGUCUGACUGAGGCAAGCCAAACCCAGAAGUCAAUGCAAGAGGAACGUGUGAAGCGCCAAUUGGAGAGGUCACGCACCCUAGGAUCUAGUGCCGCGCGUGAAGCUAUGACCAUCGGGACAAAGGUUUCCCUGCCAGAAAAGCGGGAGACGAGUUCCGAUAGGUGGCUGGAGGGUGCUUCCUCUGCACUGGUUUCUGGCAUAGUGGCGACCAUUGGUGUCGCGCAGAAAAUACUGACUCUCUUGCGGUCCGCCCAGGAUACACUGGAGUCUGUGCAACAAGCGGAGGCACGACUAAUGGAUAUCAGUAACCUACAAAUGGAGCUUGUCGCCCACCUAACCCGCCAGACGGAGCUAACAGAUCAACUGUACGAGGAUGCGAUGGCUAUAACAUCCACAGUUGAGAAGGGAAAUUCACAACUUAGAGAGGCCAGACGCCGGGCCAAGGACAGUAGAAUUUUUAUCCUCGUGUUCCUCGUUGGGGCCAGCCUAUCGCUACUCUUCCUGCAUUUUUAUUGAUCAUUCUUCAUGUUUGGUACUUAUCUACUGCCUGACUGCAUUACAGCAGGUCGUAAUGCAAGCUAUCAUUACAUAUCGUUCAAAGGGGAGGGGAAUAUGUUUCACGCGGUACAUAUCAACCUGGUGAUGGGAGAAGACAUUUCACAUGAUAUACCAAAAGCCCUCCGGGCACUCCUGGACGCUACGAGUACAAACACGAGUAGAGGAGGUAGUUUCACGAGAGAUAACCCCGCGUCAUGU